GUAGGAAGCUCAUUUGUGUGUGUGUGUCAGGUGUCAUGUGAUGAUGCUGAGAGGUCAGCUGAUCGGAAAGUGACAUUUGAUGUGACCGAGUCGGAGAUGAGCAGCGUGUACAGCCCAGAGGGAACAGUUCCAGUGAAGGUGCAGCAGCUGGCCGACUCUCUGCAGCUGAUCUCAGGACAGCUCAACUCUGUGUUAGGAGCUUUGGGUUCACUAACACACAAACAGACUCCGCCCCCUCUGACAACACCCCUGCUGCCCCGCCCCUCAUGGGCGUGGCCUACAACCCCCUCCCCCUCGCUGGCCAACGGACUCUCACACAGAGCCACAGACUCAUUGCAGACGCGCUGGAGCCGCCUGAGCUCAGAAACCAGCAGAGCGCACAUGACCUACUCAGGAUACACACCACCAAGUCUGUCGAGUCUGCGUCCGUCAGAGGUCGAGGGUCAGCGGCUGCAGGGUCUUAUUGAAGGAAACAAACGCUGGCUAGAGGCUCAACGGAAGAACCGCAACAUUCCUCUGUUCCCGAGCCUCAGAAGCGCGUCCAGCGGCGGUGGGUUAGUUCAGCUCAGCCUCGACGACAACAACCAGAUUAAAGUUCAUCAUUACUGAAGCAGUGUGUUUCUCAGGACGGCUGAAGAUCGUCUGUGUGUCUCGUGUUUAUGAGCUGUAAGAACUGUGCAGGAUUUAUAUGCUUACAAGCGGUUUCAAAAACCAAUGUAGUUUACAUUCUCAUCUGUAUAGCUGUGUGCAAUGUGCAGAUCUCAUUUGUACCAUAUUUUUG